AUGGCUCGCUGUUUUGGUUACCAGCCUCCCGAAAGCUACCUCAAGCUUGUGGAAGAGAUGAGGAGCCAUGGGAAAAGGGACAUAGAAAAAUGGAUGAAAAGGAAGAGCAGAAGAGAAGCUAAGGAAGCAGAAAAGAUCACAUCCAAAAGAAUGAAGCAUUCUCAUCACGAGAGUAAAGAAGAAGGUGAAAUCAGUGAUGUUACAGAAGAAGAAGAAGAAGAAGAAGAAGAAGCAGCAGAAAAGCUCAAAUCCAAUAGAACGAAGCAUUCGCAUCAUGAGAGUAAAGAAGAAAAAGAAGAAGGUGAAAUUAGUGUUGUUACAGAGGAAGAAAAAGAAGAAGGUGAAAUCAGUGAUGUUACAGAAGAACACGGCCCCCCUGAAAGCCCCUGCAGUUCCUCGGAUUCUGUCAAUCCUCGGAAGAGCUUCACUCGAAUCGAAUCAUCGAAAAAGAAGAAGAAGAAGGAGACGUCGAGGCACGAGCUAUACGAGGCUCUAACGACUGGCUGGACGCCGCCACCACUGAAGAUGUCAGGGCCAGAAGACCUCGGGUGGCUGUCUGGUUCUAGGAAGACUGAUGGAGUCGGAUGCCAGACAAGGAGAAGUGAAGUUCAACGCAACAACGUUCUGGUUUAUGCAUUGCCCUAUACGGUUCCCAUUUGA